AUGGGCGGCGUCAUGACUCACUCCAUACGAUGGAAGCGUCCUAGGUUCAAUGCCCUGUCCUACCUUGUCUUCGCGCUCGUCCUCGUCCUCGGCCUCUUGAACCCCGCACACGCCUACGCAGAGCUCUCCGACAAAGCCCUACGCAACAUCCCCAGCGGCGCCCCCGACCUCGACCCGAAGACCGGCUCGCUGCUCGCGCCGAUCCUGAUCCCGCGCGUCCCCGGUACACCCGGCUCGGCGGCCGUGCAGCACCACUUCGUCGAUUUCUUCGUAAGGGAGCUGCCGGGAUGGCGGGUAGAGUGGCACAAUUCGACGUCCAAGACGCCGGCGACGGGCGACACGGACGUACAUUUUACGAACUUGAUUCUUACGCGAGACCCGCUGUGGGCACAGAUUGGCGACGUCGGGCGUCUGGCACUCGUUGCGCACUACGAUAGCCUCUACCGCCCCGAGGGCUUCAUCGGCGCGACGGACAGCGCGGCGCCGUGCGCCAUGCUGAUGCAGGUUGCACGCGGUGUAGACGAGGCGCUGACGCAGAAAUGGGAGGCUAUGGAGGCGUCGGGAGAUGCGGGGAUGGGACUGGAGGAGGAAAAGGGCGUACAGAUCAUCUUUCUGGACGGGGAGGAGGCCUGGGUGAGCUGGACAGCCACUGAUUCCAUCUAUGGAGCUAGGGCACUUGCCGAGACCUGGGAAUCCGAGGUACAUCCGCCGCUCUCGACGUACCGGACACCGCUCGACUCCAUCAACCUCUUCCUGCUGCUCGAUCUGUUGGGAACGGCAGACCCGCACGUGCCGUCGUAUUUCUCGACCACGCACUGGGCCUAUCAGGGCAUAGCCAAGAUUGAAGCAAGGAUGCGGAAGCUUGGACUGCUGGUUUCGAACCCCAAGAAUGCUUUUCUGCCAGACAGCGAGAAAACGGCAGAUCAAUUUAGGGGCGCGUUUGUCCAGGAUGACCACGUCCCCUUCAUGAUGCGAGGGGUUGAUGUAUUGCAUAUUAUUCCGACUCCGUUUCCGCUCGUAUGGCACACCAUGGACGAUAAUGCCGAACACCUAGAUCCGGGCACGGUGGCUGACUGGGCUAAGAUCGUGACGGCGUUCGCGGCGGAGUGGUUGGAGUUGGAUGAGUUUGUGAGCCAGUUGAAUCCGUCCACGGAGAAGCAGGCGAUUAGAGACAGGACGGAACUAUAG